AAAAUAAAUAUAAUGCAGACACCCACAAAACAUUUAAUAAUUUAAAUAACAAACAAAAUAUUCUCGAAAAAACCCGAACGGGACUUGCGACUCUUAAGAUCGCGGCCUCGAAAAGCGCCCGUUGUCACGAAGCCAUAUUGACGUUUCUCCUGUCACUCUUUCCCCACCACAGCACUUCCAAUCAAAAUAAUUCAUUGAACGUGCGUAUUAAGCAGGCAUCUCGUUUGCCAAAAGAAAAAAAGAGAAAAAUUCCCGUUUAGUUUUUCCAGUUUUCUAACGGGCGAAAAACCGCUUUGAGAGUAAAGCGUUUUGAUCGUCGUAACAUGUGAAGUGCAUUUCCGCCCCCUCAUAAAUUUUUAAACGAUGGAUAACUCGAUGGAAGGCGUCACCUUUCACAUCCCGGUAACAAAUCGAUAGAAGAUGACAAAUGAGUUUCAAAAGAUGGCAAAUCUCAGUAUAAGUAUGGUCUUCACCACUCUCGGAGAUUUUCUUGCGGCCAGACCGUCUGGAUUGGAAGACUUAGAAGCGUGGGCUGUAUUGUGUCAAAGCAUCCAGGCAUUGCAAGACCUGUUUCUUUCCGACGGGGUUUCCAGAAAACACUGUAUUCCUUUAAUCACACCGGCCAGUUUAAAAUUGUCUGCUGAAGGCCGCAUCAGGAUGCAGUUAAUUGAUUCGUUCUUGGGAGCCAAUCAACCUUUUCACUUUUCCAAUUAUUUGGCGCCAGAGUUUAAGAUGAGCAGGAAGUAUACUGACACCCAAAAUGAAAAGAUGUGGAUUUACUCUUUAGGACAGACGUUAAAAAGGGCCACAGCCACUGAGAAAUUAAGCAAAGAGCUUGGGCAUGUUUUAACGGAAAUGACGCGUCUCCAGGAGACCUUAAGGGCCUCUUUAAUGUACCUCUUGGAUGUGAUGUCUUUGUACUGCAAAGAGCGACCGCAGCCGCGUCCAUUUUCUCAUAUUUUAAUGGAUAUGCACCAAGAGACUUUAGCAGCUCUAGAAACUUCUUCGGAUAUUAUUUGGAAUACCCCUGCUAUGGCCCCAAUUGCCGAUAAGUUUUCUUCUAGAUGGCCUAGGGCUUCAUAUUUAUCAACUGUUAGUGUUGAGGAUCUCACCUCUAUGGACUUACUUAAUGUUCCAGGCAAUAUUAUUAGGUCAAAGAGUGUGUGCCUGCCAGAGAAUAUUUGUAGACACUUGAAUGAGGAAUGUACCUCAAUAGGGUUUCAAAAAAACGUGAGUAAUAGUAAAUGCAGAGGGUUAAAGAUACGCAGGAACCCAGUCCAAAGGGCGGCCUCGCGUCUCUAUAAAGUCGAACCGGUUGAGUUAAAAGCUACCAAACCUUGUGUGGGGCCCGAGUUUGUUGUUAGAGCAGCCCUGCCUCCAAAAAAGUUGUUUUUAGCACCAUCCAAAGACCAACCGGUCACGGUGAUAUUAUUGAAUGGGCAAAAGUUGGAAAUUUGUUGCAACUUAAAGACCACCACUGCAGGAGAUAUUUUGGAGUUAAUCAUUUGUGAGGAGCGGAUCAGUGAGAAUUUCAUGUUGGGACUCUCGGCACUGAUCGCUGGAGAUUUUAUUUUUAUCCCUUCGGACACUAGAAUACGAAAAGUAGGAGCGGAUAAUGUCGUACUGUACUUGAGAGUACGGUUUUUCAUGCCCUCACUUAGAGGCAUUAGAGGUGUCGAAGCCAAACAUUUUUUGUAUUUACAGUUGCGAAGGUCAAUCCUGGAACAUCAGCUGCCCAGUUCUUUUGGGCAAAUCAUGCAUCUGAGCGGACUGGCCCUGCAAGCAGAAUUUGGAGAUUUUGAUAAAGAAGAACAUGGGGCCAGAGAUUAUUUUUUGCUAGACCAUUACAUCCCUGAGACUAUGAAUGGGAAUAUUGACGAUAAAAAUCGUUUAAAAAGUGAACUAGUGCAGGCUCAUAAGUCAAAUCAAGGAUUGGAUCAAGAGAGGGCUGAGCAAGAGUUCAUUUUAUAUGCACAAAAGUUACCGCAUUAUGGUGGACAUUUUUACACCGCCAAAUGGGUGCUGAACGAGGAGAGACGUGAUAUUUGGCUCUACAUUAGUGCCAAAGGAGUAAACUUGUAUGAACGAGGAGAGUCAACCAGCCCCUUUGGUCCCCAUUUAUAUGAAACUUUUGAUUGGCGAAGCAUUAAAACACUAUGCUACACUAAAAACUAUUUGUGUAUCACACCCCAUAAGCAUGUGCAGAAGGGAACCUCUUUGAAGAAAUAUAAACUUAAAAUGGACCAUAAGAAGAGCUAUUUCGCGUUUCGUCUAGCCUCGCUGCAUCAUCAGUUUUUUUUGAGGUUAAGAACUGAGUAUGCGUCACUACAGUCGUUGAGUCACCAGUUCGGAGUGCCACUCAAGGAGGCAAAGAACCAAGCAAAUUUGGAAUUGGAAGCUCUUAAUCAGCCUACAGAGUUUACGGUGCAGUUCAACUAUCCCGGACUAAAAUUACCAUCGCCUUCCUACAAACGAGCCAAGAGCAUACAAGACUUGACUUUCACAAACGAGGAGCAUCAGAAUAAGGAAAACGAGAGACCGGCAAAGUAUAAUUUAAUGCUGGAUAGUUCUGAUUUAGCCGGGUGUUCCUUGCAUGCCGAGAAGAGAAUUGGCGUUAAAAUGGGCACCAAAAUGUACUCCAAGACAACCCCAAGAGUCUCCAGGAGCAUGGAGCACGUAAACGAUCCGGAAUUUUUCGAGCGGAUGUCUUUGGAAUCCGUUUCGUUUCAUUGCAGCUCUAAGGCCUCGUGCGAGGGAGACGCUUACGCCAUCAUGGAAUCCACUUUGAAGUCGAACCAGCAAAACUUUUUGCCAAAUUUCCAAGAAACCAUCAAUGACACCCUCCUGGAUAAAUUUAAUAAUAUAUCGUUCGAUGAGGAGCGCGUUUUAUCCACGGUCCAAGUCCAUAGAGACCCCGAUGGGAGCCUUGGAAUUCAAAUCAUGGAGGGUUCAGAUGGGAACGUUUACGUCCAUUCAGUAUUACCUUCGGCAUGUUACGAGGGUCAAAUAAUGAAGGAUGAUCAAAUUGUUGCCGUGAAUGGUCAGUCGUUGCUUGGGAGGAAGUACAGUGAUUCUUUGGCUUUAUUGAAGAACACUGGCAGUACGGUGGAGUUUAUUUUAUCGAGAAUCCUUGCGUGCAGGAAAAGUCCUUCUGUGGAAAGUCAUGUGGAGAAACACAAUACGGAAUUGUGCCAUGACUUGUCGAACAGUAAUAAAUACCUCAACAGGUCUCUGGUAACUGGACUUCAGACCUCUUAUGUGGAUCUGGACAAUGAUCGGGCUGUAGUGGUAGACAUGAUCCUCAAAAAAUCUGAAAAUGAUGAUGAUGAAAAGAUAAAAUAUGUCAGGAAGGAACCAGCAGUGGCCUUGCCGAGAAGUUUAGGACUGAGCAGGAAGUGGAAGGGGCCGGUCCGGUAUCCUGUUACUCCGGUGAAAAAGACAGUUGAGGAAGAGGCAGGGAGUACAUCAGAUGAGGAGCAAGUUUUUAUUUAAGCACUAACUAGUAUUGUACUUGUUUUAUACUUAUCAAUAAAAAUAUAUCAGUAUUAUUUUCAUGAAAGAA